AUGUGGUACUGCAACUCUCUUGCAGGCCUGUCGAAUAUACCAAGUUCAUCUCAGUCACCUGAAUGCGUUCCCCACUACAAGGAGAACAAGGAGAACAAUUUAACACAGGAAGAUGAAUCCAGUUGGCUGCACAGGAAUGAUGCGUACCACAUGCAACAAAUAGCAGGACGAAUAAGAGCUGUUACUAUGCCUCUUGCCAGCAAAACCAAACCAAUUAAACCCAUCAUCACGGAUAUUGCACGAGGCAACGACCAGACAGAUGAUCCAUAUGGAAUUUUUGAGCCCGUUGUUGAACAAGCCAAUUUAGAUGACUACUUGGAACCAUUGCCUAAUGGACAAGCUGCAUACCAUGAGCCUGAUGAAGAAGCUAGAAUAUAUAUGGAUAGAGGUGUUGCUUUCGAAUCGUACCAACUUGGACGCAAUACUACACGAGCACCACACAUGUCAAAUACUGAUGAAUUCAUAUACCAAAACCUACCUAUAAAGCACCAUGUCCUGAGAAAGGUUGCUGACUGCCUUCACUGUGGGGCAUUGCGUUUUCCGUUCGAGGGGCCAGCGUUUUGUUGCAGAAAAGGAAAAGUCGGUAUAUUUACUCCAGAGGUUCCAGAAGAAUUGAAACGGUUGUUUACAAGUCAAGAAGAUGAGGAUGCUAAAUAUUUCAGAGAGAAUAUACGAUAUUUCAACUCGCACUUCUCAUUCACAAGUCUAGGCGUCACCCUUGAUCGCCGAGUAAGCACUACCGCAGGAACUCGCGUGUAUACAUUCCGUGCAUGUGGUGGGCUGUACCACGCUCUUGAUAAUCUGGUGCCGGCUGAUAAUGGCCCUCGGCAUUUGCAGCUCUAUAUUUAUGAUACAGAUCAAGACUUGGUUCACAGGGCUACUAGGUCUCCAGAUCUUAAUAUAGACCUCAUACGGAAGAUUCUGCAAAUACUAGAGCGUAACCCUUAUGCGCAAACUUUCAAGAGCCUUGGGUCUAUUCCCAAUCUAGAUGAGUAUAGAAUCUCACUAAACACGGAUAUAAACUUGGAUCAACGGAGGUACAAUGCCCCAACGACUUCGCAGGUGGCAGCGAUAUGGGUUGAAGGGAGCGACCCACAAAAUUGCUUUGACAGGAGUGUAGUCGUGCAUGGAAGAAAAGGAGACCGGCCCCUGUAUAUUAGAGCAUACUAUGGGUGCUACGACCCAUUGUCAUAUCCACUAUUCUUCCCAUAUGGAGAGACUGGUUGGAAUCGUUGCAUGCCAUAUGUUGGGGCCACGGAUGACACGACCCAAAAUACAGUACAUGUGUCAGCCGCGCAGGGAAACCAAGCCUCUGCUUUAUAUAUAGAGGAAAACUUGAUUAUAGAAAGAGAGCAAGAUGAGAAUUUUGCACCGCAUGAACCGGAUAAUCCUGCACCACAAGGAAACCCAGCCCCUGAUUUAUAUACAGAUGACAACGAGGAUAACCAAGAUGAGGAUUUUGGUGACGAUGAGGUCAAUGAAACACAGUCCAGGAAAUUUGUUAGUGCGAGGGAGUACUACUGCUUCAAGCUGCAAGUCAGGAAGAAGCUGCUUAACAUCAUCUUGUUUGGGGGUCGCCUUUUCCAACAGUGGGCUAUUGACAUGUAUAUCAAGAUUGAGACUAUGCGGCUUGACUGGUACUCAAAACCGGAAAAUCAGAAGGUUAUACGCGCUGACCUCUACCAGGGUCUUGUUGACACCGUCGUUGCCGGCGAGUCGCGCGGUGAUCGGAUUGGCAAACGAAUCGUGCUUCCACGUACAUUUCCUGGUGGUGAUCGCGACAUGCAGCGGAGGUUCCUGGAUGCGAUGGCAAUUGUGCAACGGUGGGGUAAACCGGAUUAUUUUAUCACAAUGACUUGCAAUCCCUAUUGGGAGGAAAUAACUGAAAAGUUGUUGCCUGGACAACUCCCGCAAGACCGUCCAGACCUGGUGGCAAGAGUAUACAAAGCUAAACAGCGAGAUAUGAUGGACUUGCUAACUAAGGGUAAGCAUUUCGGAGAAGUCGCAGCUUAUGUACAUGUCAUAGAGUUUCAAAAGCGAGGUCUCCCGCAUGAGCAUAUACUUCUAAUCAUGAAAGCAAAAAGCAAGUUAGCAACCCCAGAUGACUAUGAUCGGGUGAUAUGUGCUGAGAUACCUGACAAAGAGAAACACCCCGUUCUGCAUGAUCUGGUCGUGAAACACAUGCUGCACGGACCUUGUGGUGAGUUGAAAAAAAGUUGCCCUUGCAUGAUUGAUGGACAGUGCCGGUUUCAUUACCCGCGAGAUUUUUGUGAUGCCACACAACAAGGAAAAGACUCAUACCCCAUCUACAGGAGACGGGACGAUGGGCGCCGAAUUAGGAUCAGAGGAGCAGAUUUGGACAAUAGAUGGGUGGUCCCUUACAACCCUUCACUGCUUAUGCGAUACAACUGCCACAUUAAUGUAGAGGCAUGCUCCAACAUCAAGGCGGUCAAGUACUUGUUCAAAUACAUCUACAAAGGGCAUGAUCGGACAUCCUUUGCAUUCGAGCAGGAUAUCAUCAAUGACGGUGGAAUCAUCAAUGAAAUCCGGCAAUAUAGGGAUGCACGCUAUGUAUCUCCGCCAGAGGCUAUUUAUAGGAUUUUUCGGUUCAAGAUGUUUGGUGUCAGUCCAUCUGUGCUACAGCUCCAACUUCAUCUGCCAAACAUGCAUACAGUGGCAUUUAAAGCUUCUGAAAAUCUGGAAGAUGUUGUUUCUCGACCAUCUUCUUCCAAGUCAAUGCUUACAGAGUACUUUGAGAUGAACCAAAAGUUUCCAGCGGCACGAAAAUGGUUGUAUAGAGAGUUUCCAGAACACUAUAGAUGGAUAGCUGGUAAAAAGUUCCUUCAGGGAGGCAUGUGA